UUGCAGCAACCAGGAAGUAGGAAACCGUAGUCUCCGCCGAAAGAACCAUAUCGGAUGGUUCCGUGUCUUUUUUAUUUUAUUUUAUAUUAUCAUAAUUAUUGUGUCACUGUUGAGUCCUAACACAGUUUGCAGUAUAUUAAGAAGAGAACAGCGGUGACGUUGAUGUUUUGGACAUCUUUGGUCGACACUUAUUAGCAUUAGCUGCUAGCGGUAAGCUACUGUCGAACAAGAACAACCGCGACAGGUUCCAUUUCGGCUCCACGGUACGGCUGGCGUCGGCGUCCGGAGCCGCCCCAACGCCACCGACAGCUUCGUCGUAGAAAUCGAGCUUUGGGCUACUAGCUUUCUGCCAAGACCAUGAGCUCCGAGGAGACCGCAGCGUCCAGCAAAGCCACCCCGCCGGAGGACGAUGGCAUGACCUGGUGGUACCGGUGGCUGUGUAAAAUAGCCGGUGUGCUGGGAGGAAUAUCGUGUGCCAUCGCAGGGGUGUGGAACUGUGUCACUGUGAACCCUUUAAACAUCGCCGCUGGAGUGUGGAUGGUGUUGAACGCCUUCGUGUUGUUCCUGUGCGAGGUGCCCUUCUGCUGCCAGUUCAUCGAGUUCGCCAACGCCGUGGCGGCCCGCGCCGAUCGCUUCCGAGCCUGGCAGAAGUCCUUCUUCUACUGCGGGAUGGCGCUUUUUCCCAUAUUGUUGAGUUUCUCCUUCACCACGCUGUUCGGGAACGCCAUCGCCUUCGCCACCGGGGUCCUGUACGGCCUGGCGUCUUUAGGCAAAAAGGGGGACGCGGUCACGUACGCCCGGCUGCAGCAUCACAAGCAGGCCGACGAGGAGAGGAUGAGCGGCGCCGCCGAGUGAGACCCCGCCGCCUUCUUCCCGUCCUCGUUCCUCAACGCUGUCGACGUUCUCCAGAUGUCCUGCUUAAUUUAUUUAUUUAUUCUCUUAUGGGACUUCAUGUAAGUUGUGUGAACGUGUGUAUUUAAAAAAAUAUUCCUUUUAUGGUUUGCAUUUUUGUUUUGUUUUGUUUUUGCUGCUUGCUUGUUGUGCGUGAAGCCUUGGACUCCAAACUAGGGCGUCCAUUUUGUGAUUGCUCCCUUCCAGGACCUUAACCGUCUUAUUGAUUGUAUUAUGUGCUUAUAUGACUUGAGAUUUAUUUUUGGUUUAUUCCCCCUUAAAAAAAGCCUGAGCCUUUGCCUUUCCUGAUCCACACCUUGAAUGUAUUUUUUAAGUAAAAAAUUAAUAAUAACUGUAGUCCAUUACAACUUAUGCUCACUUGCAGUUUUAGCAGAACGAAAAAUGAGUAGUAAUUUACCCUAUUUCCUCUUAUAGUGGCCAGGGGACAUUUCUUGACUCGUGUAUAGAGAGUACCAAACGCCUGUUUCGGAGUGACAUCGAUGAAUCGAGUAAUUGGUUAGAAAUUCAUUUUGCAUUAAUAGCCACAAUAACGUGCAUAUGAGGGGAAGCUGUUAUUUUUGUCCAUCUGGGGUUUCCAUUCUCAGUCUAGUGUAGUAUCUGUGAUUUUGUGUGUGAAUGGCUUUAAAAGGCGGGGCCCGGCCCGGUGAGCGCCGUGGGCGUCAGCCAAUGAGUGUGGAGAUUUUGCUGGCUGUUGUGUGACUUGUGGCCAUUGGAAGCCCCUGUAUGAGUGUACUUAUUGUUACACAUUUCUUGAUUAUUCACAUUUGUCCAUUGAACUGAGUCGUCACACGGCCGUUGCGGCUUUUUGCGCAUUCGGGUGACGAGGCACAUGGUGACAGCAGCCGCUCUACCUGCACGCUGUUAUGCCUGCGAUCAUACGGCGAACCCUUGUUUAUUGCCGAGGUGUUCCAUUCCUAUCCCAAUAGGUCAAAAUUUGCUUUGCUGUAAAACAGAAAAAAUAUUUAUUUGGGUGGGGCAGGUGUUUUUUUUUUUUUUUUUUUUUUUUUAAUUCAAGUGGGUGAUUAUUAAAAAGGGAUGCCGCUAUUUGAGGAAAUACACUAUUUAACAACCUGUUACUGACCUCUUUCAAAAUCCAGUCAACAUUCAAUUAAAAAGGGACUAUUAAUUGGUUGAUUGUGUUGUUGUUUUUUUGGGCAAUGUGCUAUUUGUAUUGUUUGUUGUUGUCCCGAAUAUUAACGAAAGUUUGGGAGAAAAUGUUUACAACGUAUUUGCAGUUUUAUCAGCUGAACGGCUCUCAGGUACUAGUAAACACACACACACACACACACACACACACAGCCAUUGUUAAGCCAUGUUAACUACAGUUGUAACAAGGUCACAUGAGAGCUUUUUUGUUGUCGUUUUGGAAUCUUACCGUGGGGCCGUGUGGAUGUUUUGUGCGCUGUGACCUGAAUGCUCUUCUCGAUCAAUUAAACAAACCUGUGACUAAA